AUGGGGAAUAAGGGAAGUUUAUAUAUGGGCGGGGCCUCAAUAAUCUCCGUCGUCGCCACUCCCUUCGGACAGGCCCGGAAGUUUCGAGCCAACCCGGAGAUGCAAGACCCGAGCCCUAACACCCACCCGAGCCGCCGCCACCCUCCCUUCGCCGCUGCUCCCACGGCGUCCCCCCACUCCAGCAACUCGAACCUGUUCGCCGGACUCGUGCCUGACGCCACCGCCGUUCGUGAUCUUGACAUCCACACCCACGUUCCCAUCAAGCUCGACCAAUCCACCUCCUCGUACUACGCGUGGAAGACCUACUUCAACCUCGUCUUCCGCGAGUACCACCUCCUCGAGCACGUCGACGGGACCGUGGAUGGCGACCUCAUGGCGGAUGAUCCGGACUGGGCGGCCAUUGAGGCCUCCCUCAUCCGGUGGUUCUACCUCACCGUCUCCCCGGACAUCUUCCACACGGUCAUCUCGGAGGAUGACGACACGUGUGCCAUGUGGACCAAGAUUAAUGACCUCUUCACCGACAAUAAGCUUCAACGUCUUGUGUUUUUGCAGCAGGAAUUUUUUGGGUGCCACCAAGAUGACUCCUCCAUCGACGACUACUGCAUGCGCCUCAAGCGGCUCGCCGACGAGCUCCGCGACAUUGGCGCCAAGGUGUCGGACGAACUCAUGCUUAGCACCCUCACCGCCGGCCUCAAUGAGGACUUCGGCAACGUGGCCUCGAACCUCUCCCUGCUGCCGAACCCGACCUUCCAGUCCGUCGCCGCGUAUUUACGCUUGGAGGACCGCCGGAUGAAAAAGGUCAAGGCCCGUGUUCAUCACAGCGCCCUCGCCGUCGGGACAUCUCGCGGGCCGCCUCAGCCCGCCCCGCCUCAACCGCGUCCGCCGGCGCCACCGGGGUACUUCCCCUUCCCGCCAGCUCCGCCCGCAUCACCUGCUCCUCAGCAUCAGCAGCAGGGCGGGGGCGGCGGUCGCCACAACCGGCGCCGUGGGGGUGGCUGCCCCCAACAGCAGCAACAGUAG